CGCCUUAAGCCGGGGCUGGGGUCUGCAGCCGGCGGGGACACCCCAAUACCCUGGGAGCGGGAGUCCCGGGCGCGCGUCCUUCCUGGCCAACCUAGCCAGGGGCGGGCGCGGGGCGGGCGCGGACACGGUCCCAGCCUCGGCCCCGACGUCGACGGGGCGGGGAAGAGGCGUAUAAAAGGGCCUCGGAGCCCGCCCCGCAGAGUCGGACAGAAGGACAGACGGACGCAGCUCCGGGGGGACACACACCCCGACGCGCGCGGGGCUUGGAGAGGCUUGGAGACGAGUGCGCAGGGGACGGAGCCACAGGACCGCGCGGAUCCCAACCGGGGACAGACUUUGGACCGGCCCGGGCUCCUCCGGACGCCCUCGGGGCCCAGCCCAGGCCCCCGGGAGCCGCCCCGGCUGGGCGCACGGACGGACGCAAGGACAGCCGGCCGGUCAUGCCCGGCGCCCCGCAUGGCGUCGGCGGUGUUUGAGGGCACGUCGCUGGCCAACAUGUUCGUGCGCGGCUGCUGGGUGAACGGGGUGCGCAGGCUGGCGGUGGGGCGGCGCGGGCGCGAGGAGGACUUCUUCGAGAUCCGCACCGAGUGGUCGGACCGCAGCGUCCUCUACCUGCACCGCAGCCUGGCCGACCUGCGCCGCCUGUGCCAGCGCCUCCGCGACGCCUUCCCCGACGACCGGCCCGAGCUGCGCCAAGGGCUGUUGGCCAUCAGGGACGCCCGGGACAUGGAAGCACGACUCAACGAGGUGGAGAAGCUGCUGGCCACGGUCGUGGGCAUGCCAGGCAAGUACUCCAGGUCCGAAGUGGUGCUGACCUUCUUCGAACGCUCUCCCCUGGACCAGGUGCUCCGGGACGAAUCUGUGCACAGGAUCCAGCCCAGCAUCCAGAGCCCCGCCAAGAUCUCAGAAAUCAUGAGAUCCAAUGGGUUUUGCCUGGCAAAUACAGAGACGAUAGUCAUCGACCACAGUUUACCCAACGGGAAGGAGCAGCGGUUGGGCGUGGAGCGAGACGAGGGCCUGUUCUCAAAUGACGACGAUGACGAGUUUGGGCCGGAGCUGGCGGAUGGCGACGACCCCACGGCCUAUGUCACUAACCUGUCUUACUACCACCUGGUGCCCUUCGAGACAGACAUCCUGGACUGAGUGACCCUGAGUGGCACGUCUCGUCUCGUCCUGGUUGUACCCUUAGCUCUGCUGCCACCUGCUGCCCUGGGCACAGUUGGAAUCCCCAGAUGUCCAGUUGGGGCUUCGUGGCCGGGGCUGA